AGAAUUUCAUAAAACGUAGUAGACUUCGGCUAUCUCCGUUUUUUACAAGAUUAUAGCCGUCAUCUGUCAAUCUUUGAAUGACUGCAAGUUUCAUACAAUCGCUUUUUUAUAUGAGAGUUUCGCUAGGCUGUUUCGAUCGACACGACACGACACCGACACUCGACAGGCCCUCUGCUAAUUUUGAGAUAAAGUCGCGCCAGUGUGUUCGUUUUUUCUCUGCUCAAUAUACCUACACAACUUAAUUGGAAUUUGGAAUAGACAAUUGAUUGAUUGAGUGAUUUAUUUAAUUAUUGUGCAAUAUUGUGUAAAAUUUAUUCUUGUGUUUGAAAAUAUUACAUAAUGCCGUUUCUUAGAAUCACUUCGGGAACUUUUGGGCAGCUUCGUACCUUUGCUACGUCAACAGCCCUUGGAAAGAGAGUGAAGACCUUCGCUGUUUAUAGAUGGAAUCCAGACGAGCCCGACAAGAAGCCCUAUACGCAAAACUUCGAAGUGGAUUUAGAUGACUGUGCUCCCAUGGUGUUAGAUGCUUUAUUGAAGAUUAAAAAUGAGAUAGAUCCAACCCUUACAUUCAGGAGAUCCUGUCGGGAAGGGGUUUGCGGUUCGUGCGCAAUGAACAUCGACGGUAUUAACACACUCGCGUGCAUCAGUCAUAUUGACCAGAAUACAUCAAAACCCACAAAGAUUUAUCCAUUGCCCCAUAUGUAUGUCGUUAAAGAUCUGGUGCCUGAUUUGACAAAUUUCUACCGCCAGUAUCAGUCGAUUCAGCCAUGGUUGCAGCGUGAAAAUGAAGCAGGAAAAGGAAAGGAAACACAACUUCUGCAAGAUGUAGAAGAUAGAGCCAAACUUGAUGGGCUCUAUGAAUGUGUCCUCUGUGCUUGUUGUUCCACAAGUUGUCCAUCCUACUGGUGGAAUGGAGACAAGUACUUGGGACCAGCAGUACUCAUGCAGGCUUACAGGUGGAUUAUUGAUUCCCGUGAUGAUGCAACAGCAAAGCGCUUGUCCAAGCUGAAAGAUACAUAUUCAGUUUAUAGGUGCCACACAAUAAUGAACUGUACCCGAACAUGCCCCAAGGGUCUUAAUCCUGGCCGAGCUAUUGCACAGAUCAAAACAUUGCUAUCAGGUAUGGUAAAGAAGCCAGACCCCAUUAUGGAUCCAGCUGGUCUACAGAAACAGGCAGCACAAAACUGAAAAUGGCAAUGUACAUAUAUAAAUUAUUAACAAGUUGUAUGUAUUCUUUAUGUGAACUUAUGAAAAUUAGUAUUUUGACAAUAUUUCCAUUAGAAGAAACAAGAGUAACAUUAAAAACAAGUAUUAUCGUGUUCAUUACUUCAUUUAACUAUUUAUUUUAGAUUACUUAGUCCUUUAUUUGUUAACUUCGUUGAAAUUAUUCAAAAGUAUUGUUCCUUUUACAUUGUAUUCUAAGAUAUUAUUUAUUAUCAUUUAGUCAAAUCAUUAGUGUCAGCAGUAAUUAGAAAUGUUCAUAAAACUUAAAAAUUUAUAGAAUAAGGCAGUAUUUUGUGGAAAUCUGUUGCAAUUUAAAAUAUUAUAAAUGAUGAUAUUUAGUGUUAAGACUCACAAAUCACUAACACUCAAUUUGCCUAUACACAAGGCAUCUUCAAGAGCUGUUGACUCACCAAUAGCUAUAACAAGAUUUAUGUUGUGUGUUUUGUUCAACUUAGUGGAAUUAUCACUAAAUCUCAUCAUAAGCUAUAUUAAACCUUGCCAUGUAGUUUGUGUAUUUAAAAUAGAUUUUUUGAAUAAAGUUUAUUUUGAUGAAAUUA